ACCCAUUUACAUUCAAACUUUUAUUUUGUUGGCCCAUUCUGAUGUUAUGGGGUUGGUGGUUUAAAGUUUCUUUAGAGCCAGCCAGUAGUUGUUUUUUGUUUUUUUCACUAGGCCACAAUUUAUAAAAAUCAAAUUUUCCAUGGGAGCAGGUUAAUAAACAUAGCAAAUUUUAAAAUAAAAAGGUUGAUAAUGCCAAAAGUUAAUGCAUUUUUUUGCUAUGAAUGUUUUUUUUAAUUUUCUAGCCAUAUGUCUGGAAAUGUUCAGCCACUGUGAAAAUUAGCAGGGCAGGCUAGGAUCAGAGGUCACCUCCAAAGAAUUUACCAGAGCCUUGUUGUUUGACCUGCUGGAGUGGGAAUGUCCCCUAGAAGAAGAUGACCUGGAUGAGAAGAUGUUUUGUUUUUUUUUUUUACUUGGGAAGCUCUCCAAGUAGGACAAACUGCUGAAGGUAAACUGAUUUAAAUUGUGAUUCUUUUAACUAUUUUACAUUGGAGAAUUUAAAAAAAUAUUCAGCAUUCUGUAAACGGAUUGUUUUUCCCUUCAUUAUUUUUUUUCCACAUGUUUACCCCUCAGAUGCUGCUCCUUUCUGCUGUGGCGCUCCUACUCCUUUUAACUCUCAGUUCACCCGUUAAAACUGGAAAAUGUCCUAAAGACUGCAGCUGUGACAACACCAAACUUUCAGUGGUCUGUGUUGGUAAAAAGCUCACUGAGAUCCCGUCUGCAGAUGAGAUCACGGUGAAACUCGAUCUGAGAAAUAACAACCUCCAAAUUUUACCAAGGGGGGCUUUUCUGCACACACCAUACCUCACCCAUCUCAACCUGCAGCGCUGCAAUGUUAUCAAGGUAAAGGAGGGCGCCUUCCAUGCUCUUGGCCGACUGGUCUUCCUCAACCUGGCCUACAACAAAAUUGACUUUCUUUACCAGGUAAGAUCCCAAAACAUAGACCUUUUUAUUUCUUGGUUUAGAACUGACUAAUCCUAAUCUCUCCAGGAGUCCUUUGAUGGCCUCUCAUCCCUAAAGGAGCUGCAUCUGGACCAUAACCGUAUAGAGGAGAUCCAACCUGGAGCUUUCUCACAGCUUGGCCACCUCAACAUGCUGGCUCUGAACCACAACCAGCUGGUUUACAUCCCCAACUUGGUCUUCCAGGGCUUGCAAAGCAUCAAAUUGCUUCGGAUGGGCCACAACUCCCUGAACAACCUGGCUCCUGAAGCAUUUGCUGGUCUGUACACUCUCAGCCGGCUCAGCCUGGAUCACAACGAGUUGCAGUUCUUUCCCACACAAGCCAUGAUGAGACUCACUGAAGUCACACAUCUGGAUAUGAGCUACAACACCAUGACCUACCUCGGUGAAGAGGCUGUCACCAUGAGGAAACUCAGACACCUCCUUCUCCGUCACAUGUCCCUUCAGGAUUUAUCUGAGCAGGCUUUCUCCAAAGCCCCCUUCCUUUCCCAUGUGGACCUUAGCCUCAACCAGCUUCGUUACAUGGAGCCCCUCUCUGGUCCCGAAAAGUUAGACAUCCUAAACCUAACUGGCAACCCAAUCUACUGUAACUGUUACUUAAAGCCUCUCAAAGAGUGGGCGACCGCCAAAGGUGUGAAGCUGCUGGGCGCCUGCACUGAACCCCCACAUCUGUCUGAGGAGCUGCUGCAGGAAGUGACCUCUUCGGAUCUACGCUGUCAUGGUGGGAGUCAAAGCCUGGGUGAGAAGGAGGAAGAGGAGGAGCAGAAUAAGGAGGAAAACAAAGGAAACAUCACAGCCACAGCCAAGCCCAAGCAGAGAGUCAAAUGUCCUUCUAACUGUAAAUGUGAUAUUGAAACACAUCAUGCUACAUGUGAAGGCCAGGGUCACACCAAAGUUCCCAGAGGCUUCCCAGCAAAGACGCAGCUCCUUGAACUCCGUGGAAACCACUUCCACUACCUUCCAGCCCUCAGCUUUCCAGGCACUGGGAAAUUAGUUUCUCUUCACUUAGAGUCGUGUGGAAUCCAUGAAAUUGAAGGUGGUGCCUUCCAGGGAAUGAACAGCCUGCUUUAUUUGUAUCUCUCUGACAACAACCUCACAUUGUUGGAUCCAAAGAUCUUUGCUGGAAUCCAAAAUCUCACCUAUCUCCACCUGGAAGGGAACCAGCUGACACAGUUCCCUGGAUCCGCUCUCUCUCUUUUACCAAAUUUGUUUGUGUUACACCUGGAGCGUAACAAUAUUUCCAAACUAGAGCCUUCCGGUUUGCUAUCUUCUGUAACUCCCACUGAACUGUCCUUGAGUAAUAACAGCACAAAUGUGAUGGCCAGAGGUGCUCUCACCUCUGCUUCCAUUGGAUGUCUUUACCUGGAUUCCAACCGGCUGACUGAGGUGCCGACUUCCGCUCUAACCAAAACCCCAAACUUGGAGGAGCUCAGCUUAUCUCAAAAUCCUAUUUUGAGGGUUGGACGAAAGGCAUUCCAGCCCAUAUCCCAAAGUCUGAAAAGGCUUUAUAUGGAUCAUAUGGGAAUGGAAAAGAUGUCUGAAGAUGCAUUGCAGGACCUGGGCUCAGCUCUUAGACAUCUGACUGUGAGGGGAAACCAGCUGAAGGAGCUGCCUGACCUGAGACCACUUACAGGCCUGGAAGGGGUGGACCUGCGAGACAACCCUCUGCUGUGCGACUGUGCUUUGCUGCCCCUACGCAGGUGGAUGGAGAGUGUGAGAUUUGAAGUUACAGCGACUUGCGGUAACCCUCCUGACCUCAGAGGUCAGCAAGUCAGAGACAUUAAUGUCUUCGCAUCCUGCUCAGAAAACGCCUCCAUUAAGCAGGAGGGCAGCAGGGAGCCGAAACUUUCUACAAUAACCAAACCAGGUUCUUUGAAGCCCCCCAAAGUGAAAACUAGACCUGCGAAGUCGAAACUAAGCAAAUCAUCUAAGAAAAGGUUACAAAAAAAAUCUGGGACUCCAAAAAAGACCAUGAACAAGAUGGCAUUAUAAUAAAAUGAAUCAUGUUUUGGUGGUUUCUUUACAAAGAGUUUUGUUUGGGAAAAAGUUCAACUUUUUUGUUUUUUUAUUAAAACUGCUUCAUACAACAUGUUGUGUGCACUAUCUUCAUAUUUUGUAGGCAAAGCUACUCUAAACAACAGAAUACAACUUUUCAAAAAAUAUUAAAAGUCACAAAAUAUAUAAGUUUAUUGAUCCUGUUGGCCUCCUGUCCGGCCUUCGCGGAUUCGGAUGGUUCAGGACGUCCAAAAAUGAAAUGUGCAGUUGGGGAAACGAAAAGACACAAGAGUUUGCAUGAAUUCUCAAACCUUUUGCAAAAACGGAGAGUUGGAAAAACAUGACCUGUUAGGCUCUGUGGCUGUCCGCUCUCUCUGUCCUCAAGGCAAAAAGGCGUUUUUUAUUAUUAAGUAAGGGAAGAUGAAAACAUACAAAAUACGUCAGUAGAAUGGUGUGUUUCUGUCUAGUCUGCAUUGCAGCUGUUAUGGCUCCAUAAACACUCCAGUACAGAAAGAAAGCAGAGACUGCAAGUCAAAAACAGGCCUACUGGUGACCUCGUCACAUAUUAUCUGCUACUGAGGGCAGGAAUCAAGCAUAUUUGUGCAGUACAAUAUACAUGCAAAAAUAGAAUCCAUUAUAAUAACAAGAAAAUACAACAUAUAAUAGAACCCCUGUAAUGCAUAUUUAAAAGAACAUAGAAAAUAUUAUGGAACCCCUGUUCACCUCAACAAUCGUCAAACAUUAAAGUGUCUGUCAAUUAUUUUAUUUUCAAAUAAUAAAUAGCACGGAACACAAAAAGUAGGCCUGUAAGUUAACUUAGCAUUAAAUCAUUUACGGCAGGAUGCUAAUAAUUUUUAAAACCCGUUAUAUUCACCGUUUUGAUGAAUGAAGAAGUUCCUGUUUUUAAAUUUUUCUUUUUAAAGAAAUUGUUAAGCUGCAAAAAUGUAGUUAACCUGUUUAGUAGAUAGAAUUCUAACAAUAUUCGAAUUGAACGU